AUGAAAAACACUAGACCUCAGCCGCCUGAGAAUCCUAGGGGUAGAAACCCAAGGAACAAGGAACUGAGUGAUAACGAGAAAGUGUUUCAAGCAUUAUAUGGAAAAGAAGAAGAUUUUAGAGAAGAUCAAAUCGCAAAAUUUUCACCAAGAUAUGCAGGAUAUUUGGGUGAUCCACUCAAAUCAACUACAAAUCUUCCACAAGCACCAUCUCCAAUUGAUCUUUCUGCUACUUCCCAAUUCGUUGAAUUUCAACCAACAAUUAAAGUGGCAAAAUCGACAGCAAAUCUUCCUACAACAAAUUUCGCAAACUAUUUAAAGAAAUCUCAACAAAAUAUACCGCAAAUUACAAUACCAAAACGUUCAUUCGGAAAAGGCGCAAUUUCUGCAAGGCCUCACGUUCUUGAACCGCUUGUUCCACAAGAACACAUACAAAUGAAUACACCACAUGCUGCUAAUGAUAAUUUGGCACUCUUUGACGAGGCAGAUUUUGAUGCACCCGAUUUUGAUAAACAAAUACAAAAUCAACUCAAAAAUGGACCUAUUCCGGCACAUAGUAUGUACAUGACCAAUGAUGGUAACUGCAGUUGGCUUCCUUGCACUGUUAUUUCUGUUUCUGGGAAUAAUUACACCAUUCGUUGGAACAGUAAUGGCAAGACAAAAGUUGUUCAUCGUCUUUCCGUUAGAUUGGACAACGAAGAUCAAGAGAGAUUCCAGCAAAGAAGAGAUGCAGCCGUUGCUCAUCGAGAAGAGACAGUACAAAACAUCAAACAACAAACAUACUUACAAAUGAAGACUGAAGAAGAGACAGUCACUCAAGAUCCAAAGAUGAUGGAAGAUAUUAUUCGAAUGUUACCGAAAAAGAUGCGAAUUUCACGUCAUCUUACUGGUUUAAUACAAGAGAUCAACCAUCUCUAUUCAUACGCCCAUACAAUUGUUGAUUUCCGUUUACAAUGGAAUGAUCCUGAAAAAGCUGAAGAAUUCAAGAAGGAAGGCAUCAUUCCUAUUGAGAAUACACUUACUGUUCUUGCAGGAAUGACCAGAUUAGAUCCAUCUAGGAUCAAAGCCCUGAAACUUGCAAAUUGUCAAAUGCUCGUUGCAGCGAAUGGCGAAUUAAUAGAUUUCCUUAGCGACGACUUCUUAACACAUGUUGCUAAAGGUAUUAUUACAACAACCAGCUUCGGAUAUUUCUUUGAAUCCCUCAAAGACGCCAUUCUUGCGAAGAGAAGACAUGCUUCUGAUAUUUUAGUUUCAAAUCUCGACCAAUACUUGACAAAAAUGAUUGUUGAGAACGAAGGAAUGAGGAAAUUAUGGGUAAAAAUGAUGAACUUGAGAUUCAACAACACAUUGGCAACAUUAGUUAUUGAUACUCUCAAAAGAUUAACACCGACAUUAACAAAAGAAAAAAUUCAUUUCGCUUUGUUUUGCCAUGAAGAUUUACAGAGAUUUGUUCCUGUAAGAGAAACUGUUGAAGCAACAGGUUUGUCAUAUAUUGAUGGAAUAUUUAAUCUCUUCAAGACACACAAGAUCAAAAAAGUUUCAAGUGAAUUAUUCACUGAAAGAAAAAUCGAUGUUUUUCUUCCAGAAAUUUUGGAAACACAUAGAACAUCUCGCUGGGAUUGGAUGAAUCUAAUUAAAACAUCCUUUGAUGAGAUCUAUCAAUACAUUGAUGACAUGAAGAAGAUGACAUCUCCUAUUCCUUUAGAUCCUAUUGAAAUGUGCAAAUCAAUUUUACCAAAUGAUUUCGAAGCCCAUUUGAAAGGGCAAGUUCCAACAAUUGAUUCAAGGGAAAUCAACUUGAAUUUAGUCAGAGAAAAGAUGAGAGGUUCAUUAAAUGCUUACAAAGAUUUCUUACUUGCUUUCCAACCAAUUAAAUGCUUUGGUGCUUUCGAAGUUAAUUUCACAAAAUACUUUGAUAAUAUCAAACAAAAAACUGAUGAAUUUUACAACUUAGUUUUCAAGUACAUGAAUGCUCAAACUGACAAACAAGUUGAUACAAUCGGUGGCAUGAUAUCAUCCUUGAUUCUUAAGGCAACAGCUGCUCCAAAGACUGUUGAAGAAUGGUAUGACAAACACGUUAUUUUGGCUCAUAUAAUGAUCCAUAUUAAUGAUAUCCAAGCAACACUAGAUUAUUUGCUAGUUAUGUUAGAUUUCAUGGGAGAAUUCUUGUUUGAACCAAGACAAUCAUUUGGUGCAACUUAUAAGAUCAAAUCUGAUUUGCACAAGAUCAUUUUGUCUAUUGAAGAAUUGAACAAGAAAGAUCAAGAAGAAAAAGCCAAAUUCAUCGAACAACACAAGAAAGACAUCGAAAAGAUCCAAGAAGACUUGAAGAUCUUCCAAGAAGAAAUGUUAUUAUAUGUUACAAAAGAUGUCAAUGUCGAUUCAUCAAAGACACAUCUAAGUUUAUUGGAAGACAAGCAACGCCUUAAUAAUUUCAUCAGUACUUGUUCUUUGUAUCAAUCUCGCGAUCAAAAAUUGGACAUGCAACAAACAGAUUAUCCGAUUUUAUCGAAUAUCAAAUCUGAUUUCGAUAUGUUAUUACCUGCAUGGUCAAUUGCUGUUGAAAUUGAUACAACAGCGCAAGAUUGGUUCGGCACAAUUUUCAAGCAAUUGGAUGUACAAAUGAUAUCAGAUACAGUUGUAGAAUGGGAGAACACAUUGAAGAAACUCAUGGAAGACAUCGAAGCAGCAAAGAAUCAAGAUAGACACAAGAAAUUCUUGAGAGAAGGCGUUCAUCCUCUUGAAGCUCCUUACAAAGAACUUCAAGCUCGUGUACAAUAUAUCUUGAUGCAUAUUCCUAUCAUCAGAUAUAUUUGCAAUCCAAAUUACAGACAAAGACACUGGAAACAGAUCUCAGAAACAGCUGGAUUCCAAAUUGGUCCUAAUGAUGAUUACACAUGGAACUGGUUGAUCGAAUUCGGUGUUGAACAACACAUCAUUGCAAUUGCUUCUAUUUCUAAAGCCGCUACAAAUGAAGCUAAAAUCGAAAUUGCAAUUGCUCAAAUGUGUGACGAUUUACAGAAAUUGAGAUUCAAAGUUACUAAAACUGAACAUGGAAUUCACUUGGAUGAUCCUGCAACUGCUUUACUUUUAUUGGCAAAGCAUCAGCAAAUCAUGCAAGAAAUCUUUGUUCCUCCUUAUAUCCAACCGUUCAUUUCCAAAGUCAAAGAAUACGAAUUGUUGGCAGCAAACACAAGACAAAUUCUCAAGCAAAGUAUUGAGACAGAAGAAAGAAUCAAUGAAUUACAGCCAGCCAUGGAAUCAACAGACUUAAAGACACAGCAUUCGAAGAUGACGAAUUUCUUCGAAGACAAAGUUAAAGAUUUCUCCAAUUUCGCAACGAAUUUCAAGUUAUCUGCUACAUUCCACAUGAUUUUGUCCAACCAAUCAACGGCAGAUGAAUGCAAUUCCAUUGCACAAGACUUAGUUAAAGUCAGAGAUCAGUUGCAAGACGUAUUGGAGAUGAAGAGAAAGGCAUUUCCAAGAUUCAGAUUGCUCAGUGAUUCUCAACUUAUCCAAGUCAUUUCUAAUGGCGAAACACCAUCAAAGAUUCCAACAAUAUUUUCUUUGAUGUAUCCUUCAAUUGCCUCCGCUGUUUUCGAGUCAAACACCUACUGUUUGGGCUUCAAUUCACAAGGAGGAGAAUACUUCGAAUUCAUUCAAAAAGUUCGAAUUACUCCUGAAUGCAUUGAAGGUUGGUUCAUCGCUUUCGACCAACAGAUCACAAAUACACUGAAGACACUGGGCAGAAAGAUCAUCCAGUCACCAAUUUCGAAUAUCGAAAAGAUGGCUUUGACAUAUCCUUCUCAGUUAUUGACAUUAGUUUUCAACUUGAACUUCACAACAAAUGUCAAUAAAUGCAUCUCAGAAUUCGAAGGAAAGUUCACAGAAAAUGCUGCUUCUAAACUCAAAGCACAAUUGCAAUUAGUAUAUGAUUCUAUUUGCAACGAUUUGAAGGUUUUGAUGUCAGCAUACAGGAAAUCAUAUCAAGUACAGAUUUCUAACAUGAUCAUUGUCUGCAUGAACCACAAAUCCGUAUUAGAAGAACUCCUCAAGAAAGAGACAAUUACUCCUUUGGAUCCAAUAUGGUUGGCAACUCCGAAAUACACUGUUGUUGAUAUGAACGAUUUCAGUGUAAAUGUAACUGUUGGAAAUGCAACUGUUCCAUAUGGAUUUGAAUACGCAGGCUCCAAUUUACCAGUUAUUAUGACAGAUGGAAUGAGAAAGUUCUUUGUCCAAAUGAUGGCAUGCAUAGUGAAUGGAAGCUUCCCGUUAAUUGCAGGAUGGGCUGCAGACAAGAAACUCGAAUAUUUGAACAAUUUCUUGAAUGCAAUUGGAAGACAACCAUUCAUUUAUCCUUGCCAUUACCAUACAACUAUUGCAAGAAUGCAGGAAUUCAUACAAAAGGCAUCGGAAUGUAAUGCUUUUGUUGCUUUCAAAGACAUUUAUUCAUUGCAACCUGAUGUUUUAAGUGAUUGUUGCAUCGAACUCCUUAAUCUCAAAGAGAAGAUGCCAACACACAUCUUCGCAACUUAUACAUUAGGAUCAGAUCAGACAUGCCACAUCCCAGAAAUCUUGAAGUUGACAUUCAGACCUGUUGAUGUUCCUUCUUCAGAGACAUUUGAAAGAUUCCAAGUUCUUUUGGCUUCUAUGGGCAUUAAAUCUGAUGAAUUGGCAUCCAAACUCUCUGAAAUUGCAAACACAAGUAUCAUGGCGUUCAAAGAACCAUUGUGUUCUGCUCUUUCAUAUGUUUCUCUUGCAUAUUUCAUUCAAAUGGCUCCUGUUUUUUCAAAUGAUCCAGUCACAGAAAUUUUCACAAGAAUCGUUUCAAAUUUGGCUGAUUUAUUCGGUGCCGAUGAUGCCAAAGAAGUCAUUGAUUACAUCAGUUCAGUAUUCGGAAAGACAGCUGAUGUAACAACAGAGGAUCAGGUCAUCCAGAUGCACAAGGAUCCAGAAUUCAACGACAAACUCAACCAGUUGAAUGAAGCUCUCAAGAAACACUCUGGAGUUAUCAUCAAUGGUCCUUACAUGUGUGGUAAAUCAGCUUUGAUUCACGAAUAUUGCCAAUACAAAUGCAUCAAUCCAACAUUUGUUUUGCCAUAUUCAUUUGACUUGCAUGAUCUUUACGGAGACAAGUCAAGUGGCGCUCUUUCAAUGAUGCUUCAAACUAAGGACACAAUUGUUUUCGAUGGCCCAGCCGAUGCUGUUUGGAUGGACACUUUAACAGUUGGUCUUUCCAAUGCAAGAAGAUUGUAUUUCGGUGAUGGCUCUAUCUGCAAUUUAAGACCAGAAACUCGUUUCAUUUUCGAAACAAGUGAUAUCUCUAAGGCGUCUCCAGCAGCUUUAGCAUCUUGUGCUGUUGUUUAUGUUGGAGAUAACUUCCUUACUCUUCAAAAGAGAAUUGAUAAUUUCCUUGAUAAAUUAGAGAAUGAUAAGAACAUUGUUGAACCAUUAAGUCACACAAUUUUGAGCUCAACAAUUCCUAUAUCUAAGUUAAUAAGUGUUUGCAAUGAAUACAUUAACUAUUUCUUAUCACAAAUUGAUGUUCAUUAUCCAUCUUUGACUUCAUUCUUCAAGUGUUUCAGAUCAAUUUUGCUGAAUUAUUAUUUGCAGCCAAUGGGCUCUAAAGUUAAGAGAACUGCUGAGAAACUGUUAGAACAUGUUCCGAAAUUCAUUCUCUUCACAAUGUUCUGGAGCUUCGCAGGAAGAGUUGAUGGCGACGCAAGAGUUAAAUUAGAUCAAAAACUGACAAAUGCAGCAAUGAAGAAAGACAUAAAUCUCAGUGGAAUGAACAUUUCACAAGUCUUCUUUGAAUACAAUACAGAUAAAUGGAUGCCAUGGAGUGAUAUCGGAAAGACAGAUGUCAUUGGCGAUCCAAUGAAAUUAAUUGAUCGCGAACCAAAGCAUUUGUUAUUCGAUCCAGCCGUGAUGAUGCCUCUCGCAUUCCUUUCUCACGAAAUGCUUUCAAGAGGACAACAUGUUAUUGUCACAACACCUCCUGGAAUCGACCAAUCUGCAAUUGCAAACAUUAUCCAGCACAUGCCAAUUAUUAUGGACAGAUUCUCUCCACAAGCUUAUGCAUUCAAAUCAACAGAUAACCAUAAGACAUUGAGGAGAAUGAUGGCUUCUAUAUUACCUGAUUCAAAGUCAAGCCAAAAGGAAGCGAAAUCGCUCGCAUUGAGAAUUCCUUUGCUUUCUAUUUUAGGCUUCGAUUGCAGCGAAAGAAACACAGCCGCUGAAAUUGUAAGAUAUGUUGUAACUCAUAGAGGAAUUCCAAGUGAAAUCGGUGCACAUAAUGAACCAACUUGUGGAUUGACAUUUUGUCUGUUUUCAGAUGAAAAAGCUCUUCAAUCUCCAUUAGCAAACCACACAUUCUCUCUUGCUGUUCCUGGAAUGUCUAAGAUUGCAGAGAUCCACGCUGUCUAUCAAGCAGUUAAAGUUUUGUGGAACAUUGAUAGACCAGAAAUCUCUGGUUUCUUAUUAGAUUUACUUGAAGGAGUCAGACAGACAUUCAAGUUCUCAAUGAGCCAUUUGUUCAUUGUUCUCCAAAGAGUUGGUAAGAUCAUGGUUAACCACGAUGCCGACAAACUCUGUGAUGUUUUGGCACAUCAAGCAGUCAGAGUUUUCUACGAUUCAAUGCAUAGUGAAGCCAUUUUAGCCAGUAUUUCAAUCGCAAUGAGAAACAUCUCGAAUGCAUUGAAUAUGGAAUUGUCAACAAAUGUUUUCGAUAUCGCAGGUAACUCCAUUUUAACAGACUUGAAUUCAGAAAACUAUAGAGAAGUUUCUUGUUUCGCUGAUUUAACUAGGAAGAAAGAGAAAACAAGAGCAAGAAGAGGAUCAAGAAGACAGUCAUUGCUUCGUUUCACAGCAGAUGUUGAAGCACCAAGACAAACCGAUUUGAGUUCCCUCAAAGGUAUCAAUUCCUUCUUGAGAUUGGACAUCAUUUCCGUUGCACAAGCUUUGACAAUUCCAAAGAACCACUUAGAAAUAUUCACAAGCCAAACAACACUUGGAAAAUCAUUGGUCAAAGAAGCUUGCCAAAUAGGAGAUGUCAAUUUCGUUGAGAAAGAAUUGUUCAUUCCAUUGAUGAAGAUAUUCCAUGAUACAUUAUUAGAAGCCGGUAAAACUAAGAAACAUCAAGUUUUAUUCAUCGAUGCAAACACAAUUACAGAUGAAGAACAAAUAAUGUUGAAUGUUUUGAUGAAGACAUUUAAUGUUUUCGGUUUGUUCUCAAGAGGUGAAUUAUUGAACUUAAUGACAGACAUUUAUUCGAAGAAGGGAUUGUACAAUGAUCCAUUUAAUGAUAACUCAUUAGAAACAUUGAAGAACUACAACGAAAUCAUUGCUGAUUUCAUGACAGAUUGCGAAAUGAACUUCCACUUCGCAAUUGUUCAUUUAAGACCAUUAAGAUCAAUUUCUAGUGAUGAUGAAGUUGUUUCUUACGCUUCAAUUUACACACCUUUCUAUUCUCACAACGAUUUCAUCGAUGGCCAUAUCGAAGCAGUCAUGAACAACUUAGUUCCAUUCCAAUACGAAACAUCUGUCAAACAGUACAUGAUUUCGGAUACAUUCAAAGCUUUGAGCAAUUCACCAAUCAUCCAGAGAUAUCCUUAUUUGAUUUCUGUGCAGAACUUGUCACACAUUGUCACUGCUUUCGUUGAAUAUCAGAACAAGAGAUAUCCAAAGAUCAAACAGAGAGUUGAUUCAUACGAACAAUUGAAGACAUUGAGUGAACAAAUCGCUGAAUACAUCAGAGGAGAAAUCCACGCGAUGGAAGAUAUGGAAGCACAAUUGGUUUCUUUGACACAUGAAUUCGAAGAAUCAGAGAAACAAUUGGAAGAAAUGCAGAAGGUAACAGAUGAAGAAAUGGCUAAUACAGACAGAGAAACAUCAAUAUUAAGACAAGAAGAAAUCAAGGCUGAUCAAAUGAGAAGAGAAUUGGCACAAGAACUACAGAAAACAAACCAAAUUCUCGAUGUCGCCACACAAGAAAUCAAGAACAUCAAAGCAUCAGAUAUCGCUGUCAUCAAGAACAUGCCUAACCCUCCAGUCGGUGUCGUCUUAGUCGUUCCUGCAUUGACAACAUUGCUCGGUGUAGAUACAACAGGAACGAACAUGAACACAGAAGAAGGAAGAAACAAAUUGUGGUCAAUUGGUCGUAAAAUCAUGGGUGAAGCAUCAUUCAAAAACAAAUUAACUGGAUCAGUAAAUGAAAGCAUUUCUGUUCAAACAGUUAAUAAACUAAGAACAAUAGUUUCUGAUCCUAAUUUCCAGCCUUCUGUCAUUGAAAGAUCAUCAUCUGCUGCUAAAGCAAUUGCUCUAUUCAUCAGAGCAAUUAUUCCUUACGCAGAAGCAAUUUGGAACCAUAAAGAAAGAGUCAAAGCAAUGCAGGUUGUCGAAGAAAACUUAGAACAACUCAGAAAGAAAUCAGAAGAAGCAGUUGAUAAACUCAAUCAAUGCAAGAAGAAGACAUUGGAACUCACAGAAAACAAAGAGAAACUGGUCAAACAAAGAGAAACAAUUGAAAGCAAAAUCCAGAAACAGAGAAAUAACAUCGAAGAUUACAAAUCUGUUGAAGAAAUUGUUAAGGAUUACGUAACUAAAUGCAAUGAAGAGUACGAAAGAUUGGUCUUAGAAGCACAAAGAACAGAGAAAUUGUCAUUCCUCCAGAUGGUUUUCAUGAAUGUCGCUGGCCCUUAUAAUGACAAAGAAAGAGAUGAAAUAUAUGAGGCAAUUAAAUUCGAAGGAUACACAAGAAAAGAUUGCCUUACAAACGACGAACCAUUAGUUGAGAAAUGGAACAGAACUAAUAUGCCUGUUUCAUGGCAUUGGCGCGAAAACACUUCAAUGUUAUCUCCUGACAACGGAAGAUGGGUUGUUGCAGAAAACGCUUACAUGUUGUCAACAAGUUAUUUGAAGAAAGUCGUUUGCAGACAAAGUGUUCAGUUCCUUUCAGCCAAAUCAAAGACAUUUGAUGAUGAAUUUGUUAAUUCUAUUUCAUCACAAGUCGGAAUUGUUUUAUACGAUUUCGAUUUCAACAAUCCAAACUUGGUUGUUCCUGUUAUUUGUCGAGCAAGAGAAACAGGAUCUUCAAUUGUUUACAACAACGAAACAAUUAAAGUUCCUAAGGAAUUCUUUGUUCUCUUCGCUGUUGAUGAAUUGCCAAAGUUAGAAUCACUCGGUAUGGAUGUUUUACUUAUUAAAUUCGAUAUCAACAACGAAGUAAACACAGAACAAAUCGCUCUCAAAGCAUUCGAGCUCACAAAUACAAAUAACUAUCAAGAAUCAAUUGUCAUUGAUAACAAAAUUAUCACAACACAACAAUCGAUUCUUGAUAAGAGGAAUGAACUCAAGGAUUUGCUGAUUAACACAGGAAGUGGAAUCUUCAAGAACAGACAAGUCCAAACAGACAUGGAAGUUUUCUUGAGAGAAAUUGGAGAUUUAGAAGUUCAAUUAACUGCUUUCCACGAGAAAUUCAACUCUCUUUGGGCUGAUUAUCCGAAUAUUUUCAAUCUUUCCAAAGAAGUUGUUGAUAUAUUCGAGAAAUAUCCUGUUCCUUCUUCUCUUUGGAAGAUGAUUGAAGGUGCUUUCUCUGCAUUAAACGGCAUCAGAAAAGAUGAUUUUGUCAAGACUGUUUCUGAAGUAAUUACUCCUGUUUUAGCUGCUGUUUUACCACCAUCAUCUCCAUUACAGAUCGAUAACCAACAACUACAACAAGUCGACCAGAUCUACAAAAUGAGUGGCGCUCCAAGACCAAUCAUUAUCAGAGCAACAGACACUAUUUUCGCUAUUUCUUCUUUGUUGUCUUAUUUGCAGGGAAGAAAACUUACUGUUAUUCCUCCUUCAAAGAUACUCAAAUAUGUAGUUAGUGGAAUGCAGACAGGAACAAUCUGUGCAACUGUCUGCACUUCUACUGAAUCAUUACAUGAUAUAUUAGGCCCGAUUUCCAAGAACUUGGGAGCAAACUUUGUUUCAAACGAAUUUAGAUUGUUCAUUUAUGUUUUGGGAGAAGGAUUGGAGUUACACUCAAGAUUGUUCACAAAGACAGACCAAAUCUUCUACAAACAUCCAGCAAACGCAACACAGAUUUGCUCAGAAACAUGCAGGAAGUUAAAGAAGGAUUUAGUUCUCACAGGAAUUCCGAAAUUGGAUUCAGAAAUUUCAGAAAGAAAUACAAAGUUGUUCAAUGCUCGUGCUCAUGUCUUUGAAAACUGCAACAUUUCAUUGACAAUGGCUCGAUUGAUGACAAGGAACAAAGAUCAGAUCUUCGACUUCAUCAAGACAUACAUGUACUCGAAUGGAGUCAUGACAGAUGAGAAGUUGGAGAGAUUGAAGAUUGUUGAUGAUUCACCAAGUGCAGUUGAUUUCUCAAAGAUCAAAUGCCAAAACUAUAUGUCAGAAGAAAAAGUUAAGAAGGUUAUUCAAUUGAAGAAAGAUGGAAACAAGAUGGUUCUGUUCUUGGAUAUCAACAGAAGAGAUCCUUCUUCUGUUCCUAUUACAGGAAUUGACCUUGUUGGUAAUUUCAACAAUGAUUCACUUGUCAAAUCAUGUGGAUUCGAAAUUGUUAAGAUGUCUCAAGACUUAGUUCCAAUCAGAUUGCUUAAGGAUGGAAGAUUACUCGCAAGAGUUUAUGUGAAGAAGUCAGAUGAAGUUAGAUACGCACUUGUUAACUAA